CCCGGCCAUAAAAACGCGAGCGGCUCCGCCGGAGCCGGGCAAGUCUCGGAGCCUCGCAGCCGCCAGCUCAGCGCAGCCGCUGCCGGUGGCGCCAUGAGGGCCGUGCUCUGGGACCUGCUGCUGCUGUGCCUCUGCGCCCGCGCCCGCGGCGACUGCCGCGGCGACUGCCUGCACUGCGACCGCCAGCUCUACCGCGACACCUUCGACGUCCUCAUCUGCAUCCUGGAGUGUGAAGGCCAAGCCGUGCCCAGGGCCACCUGGGAGCUGUGCGCGGCCACCGGCCGGGCGGCGCCGCGGCCCCGCCGCCUCUCGGCCCGAGCCUGGCCCUGGGGCGAAGCGGUGCCGGCCGACGCCCCGCGGGUCGCCGACGCCGAGCGCGCCGCGCCGGGCGCCUCGGAGGAGGAGGAGGAGGACAUUUCCCGGCGGCCGGGAGCGGGCCCGGCGGCCAAGGGGGUGCAGAAGAGGUACGGGGGCUUCAUCGGGGUGCGCAAGUCGGCGCGGAAGUGGAACAACCAGAAGAGGUUUAGCGAGUUCCUGAAGCAGUACCUGGGCAUGGCGCCGCGCUCCACGUUCCGGCACCGCCUCCCAGCCCGGCACAGGCAAAAUUAAAUUCCUGCUCCUGCCCCGGCCGCUCGUCCUCUGCCGACCCCAAAGCGCUUCAGGCUCGAAAAAAAUCUCCAAAAUCUCCAAAAGCUCCAAAAGCUCCAAAAGCUCCAAAAUCUCCAAAAGCUCCAAAAUCUCCAAAAUCUCCAAAAGCUCCAAAAGCUCCAAAAGCUCCAAAAUCUCUUUCCUCGAAAAAUCUCCAAAAUCGCCUUCGGCCGGCGCCGACGGUGGCGCGAAAGCGGCGCCCAACGUGGGGAAAGCGCGGUUCUGCCCGGAAAAUGGGAGUUUUGCCCCCCCAAAAAAAUGGGAUUUUUGGCCCCAAAAAAAAAAAAAAAUCUUGCUGAUAAAAGGAGGAGGUUUUGCCCCCCAAAAAAUGGGAUUUUUAGAGAAAAAAAAAAAAAACAAAAAAAUUGGGGUUUUGGCAAAAAAAAAAAAAAAAAUUUUGCCCCAAAAAUGGAAUUUUUUGGAAAAAGAAAAAAGGAAUUUUGGCUGAAGGAAAAGGAGUUUUUGCAAAAAAAAAGAGAUUUUUUGCUGAAAGAAAUGGAAUAUUUGCCGGAAAAAAAAAAAAAAGGAAGAGGUUUUUUGCCCCAAAAAUGGGAUUUUUGUGGGGGAAAAAAAAAUUUGGCCAAAAAAUUGGAUUUUUUGCAAAAAAAGGAAUUUUUUUGUUGAAAAAAAGGGAAUGUUUGCAAAAAAAUUUGAAUUUUUGCAGAAAAUAAAAAGAGGGUUUGCACCAAAAAAUGGGAUUUUUGCCAAAAAAAGGAGGAAUUUUUGCCCACAAAAAGAAGGCGUUCUUGUCUAGAAAUUGGAGUUUUUUUCAAAAAUAAACGAGGAAUUUUUGCAAAAAGGAAGGGAAUUUUUGCAAAAAAGAAAUGGAAUCUUUGCCUCCAAGAAUUUGGAUUUUUUCCCAAAAAAGGAGGAAUUUUUGCCAAAAAAAGAGGAAUUUCUACCAAAAAAAAAAAAAAGGAAUUUUUGCCAAAAAAUGUGAGAUUUUGUGAAAAAAAAAAGAGGAAUUUUUACUGAAAAAACUUGAAUUUUUGCCAAAAAUUUGGAUUUUUUUUGGUUUUUUUUGUGGCCAAAACUCAGCCCCGAAAUCGCGGAGAAUUUCCCGGCAUCGCAAAGGGGAUUUUGGCUUCCCGCGGGAUUCAUCCCCAAAUUUCCCACAAAUUCGGGGUCGCGACCCAAAAUCUCCCCCAACUCUCGUUGAUUUUCAUUCCCCUUUUAUUUUUGGGAUUUUUCCGAGCGUUUCCCUCGGAAUUUCGGAACCGCUCCGGCUUCGACUCCUUCGCUCGGUGGCGUCGGCAACCAAACCCCAAAAAAAAUUUGUGGGAUUUUCCCGCGAGGAAAAAACCCAACCCCAUCCAUCCCCUCCUUCCUGAUCGAUCCCCCCCCGCCAAAAAAAGAAAAAAAAAGAAAGAAAUUCAAAAACCCCAAAUCCAUUCCCGAGCCGAGCCCAAAGAAAAAAAAAAUCCCGAUGGGGAAAAAAACCAGGGAAAAAUUCCAGGAUGAUCCCAAACUUUUGGUGUUUUCAGUUGUUUCCUACCAAGAGUUCUCCAUUAAACUUGUACAUAGCAAAAGGAUCGAGAAAUAAAUCGAUUUACGCUUUCUACGA